CGGGGGCGCCCGAGAACACUUGACCCUGAGCGGACACAGACAGCCAGACAUCCGGGCUGUGUAGUGGAAGAUGGCGACACUACUCCUCCAGACUGAUUGGAUCAAAAACUGGGAAAAAUCUGGAAAACACGAGUUUGUGCAGCUGUGUAAGGAUCUCUCAGAGAAACCAAGCCAUGGCUGUGAGGUUAGAGACAUGCAGACGGCCCUAUAUGAGCUGUGCUGGCAGGGGGUUCAGGGUCACCUCAAGCUGGACCUAGCUGCUUCUGUCCUUGGAGACAUGAUGGAACUCCGAGAGGACAUGGCCUCCAUACUGGCAGACGUCUUCAGCAUACUGGAUAUUGAGACGAGUGCCAUGGAAGAGAAACACAGACGGGAGAACUACACCCAGCUGGUCGGAGCCUGUCUGAUGUUCGUGCCAGAGGUGAUUCUGAAGGAGCGUCUGGACCCAGACACGCUGGAGUCCCUGGGCCUCAUAAAGCAGGCCCACCAGUUCAACCAGAAGAUCGUCAAAAUCAAGACCAAGCUAUUCUACAAGCAGCAGAAGUUCAACCUGCUGCGAGAGGAGAACGAGGGAUACGCUAAGCUGAUCUCAGAGCUGGGUCAGGACCUGUCUGGGAACAUCACCAGCCACGUAGUGCUGGAGAGCAUCAAGUCACUCAUAGGCUGUUUCAACCUGGACCCCAACCGCGUGCUCGACAUCAUCCUGGAGGUGUACGAGGGCCGCUCGGACCAGGACCACUUCUUCCUCUCCCUCAUCAAGUCCUACAUGUGUGAACCACUCACCCUCUGCCACAUGCUGGGCUUCAAGUUCAAGUUCUACCAGGAGCCUAAUGAGGAAACCCCCAGGUCUCUGUACCACAUCGCUGCUGCUCUGCUCCACCACAACCUGGUAGAGCUGGAGGACCUCUACGUACACCUCCUGCCACAAGAUGUCAGUAUAGUGGAGGAACACAAGAAGGAGAUCCAGGAGGCCAAGCAGAUCGCACGCAAGCUGGUGAUGGUGGUGGUGCCCUCGGAGAAGAGCGAGGACAAGGACAAGGAGAAGGAGGAGGAGAAGAACGACAAGCCUCCAGACAACCAGAAGCUGGGUCUCCUGGAGGCGCUGCUCCGCAUCGGGGACUGGCAUCACGCCCAGAGCAUCAUGGACCAGAUGCCCUCCUUCUACGCCACCUCGCACAAGGCCAUCGCCCUGGCCCUCUGCCAGCUGGUGCACCUCACCGUGGACCCCCUCUACCGCAGGGCCGCUGUUCCCAAGGGGGCCAAGGGGCGCGUGUUGAGGCCCCUGAGAAGCCGCCGGACCCCCCGGCCGGCCGAGAGCUUCGAGGACCUGCGGCAGGACACCUUCAGCAUGCUCUGCUACCUGGGCCCCCACCUGUCCCACGACCCCAUCCUCUUCGCCAAGGUGGUCCGCCUGGGAAAGGCCUUCAUGAAAGAGUACCUGGCUGAGAACAGGGCUGAGUUCAAAGACAAGAUGGAGACGCUGCUGAGCUGCUUCCUGAGCAUCGCGGACCAGGUGCUCCUCCCCUCCCUCUCCCUGCUGGAGUGCAACGCCUGCCUGUCUGAAGAGGUCUGGGGGCUCUUCAAGCUGUUCCCCUACCAGCACAGGUACCGGCUGUACGGUCAGUGGAAGAACGAGACGUACUCCAGCCAUCCUCUGCUGGUCAAGGUGAAGGCCCAGACCAUCGACCGGGCCAAGUACAUCAUGAAGCGGUUGACCAAGGAGAACGUGAAGCCGUCGGGGAGGCAGAUCGGCAAGCUCAGCCAUAGCAACCCCACCAUCCUCUUCGACUACAUCCUGUCCCAGAUCCAGUGGUACGAUAACCUAAUCGGGCCUGUGGUGGACUCUCUGAAGUACCUCACGUCCCUGAACUACGACCUGCUGGCCUAUUGCAUCAUCGAGGCUCUGGCCAAUCCGGAGAAGGAGAAGAUGAAACACGACGACACCACCAUCUCCUCCUGGCUGCAGAGUCUGGCCAGUCUGUGUGGAGCGGUGUUCAGGAAGUACCCCAUCGAGCUGGCCGGCCUGCUGCAGUAUGUGACCAAUCAGCUGAAGGCAGGGAAGAGCUUUGACCUGCUGAUCCUGAAGGAGGUGGUGCAGAAGAUGGCCGGCAUCGAGAUCACGGACGAGAUGACGUCGGAGCAGCUGGAGGCAAUGACCGGGGGAGAACAGCUCAAAGCAGAGGGGGGGUACUUCGGUCAGAUCCGUAACACUAAGAAGUCGUCCCAGCGGCUGAAGGACGCGCUGCUGGACCACGAGCUGGCCCUGCCCCUCUGCCUUCUCAUGGCCCAGCAGAGGAACGGGGUGGUGUUCCUGGAGGGCGGCGAGAAGCACCUCAAGCUGGUGGGGAAGCUCUACGACCAGUGCCACGACACCCUGGUCCAGUUCGGGGGCUUCCUGGCCUCCAACCUGAGCACGGAGGACUACAUCAAGAGGGUCCCCUCCAUCGACAUCCUGUGCAACAAGUUCCACACGCCCCAUGACGCGGCCUUCUUCCUGUCCCGACCCAUGUACGCCCACCAGAUCCUGUCGCGCUACGACGAGCUGAAGAAGGGGGAGAAGGGCAGCCGGCAGCAGCCCAAGGUGCACAAGUACGUGGCGGCGUGCGAGCAGGUGAUGGGCCCGGUGCACGAGGCGGUGGUGUCCCUGCACCCGCCGCGGGUCUGGGACGACCUGCGGCCUCAGUUCUACGCCACCUUCUGGUCGCUCACCAUGUACGACCUGGCCGCGCCCCACACCGCCUACGAGCGGGAGGUCAACAAGCUGAAGGUCCAGAUCAAGGCCAUCGAGGACAACCCCGAGAUACCGGUGAACAAGAAGAAGAAGGAGAAGGAGCGCUGCACGGCCCUGCAGGACAAGCUGCUGGAGGAGGAGAGGAAGCAGCUGGAGCACGUCCAGAGGGUCCUGCACCGCCUCAAGCUGGAGAAGGACAACUGGUUACUGGCCAAAUCCACGAAGAACGAGACCAUCACCAAGUUCCUGCAGCUCUGUCUCUUCCCUCGCUGCAUCUUCUCGGCCAUCGACGCCGUCUACUGCGCCCGCUUCGUGGAGCUGGUGCACCAGCAGAAGACGCCCAACUUCUGCACCCUGCUGUGCUACGACCGGGUGUUCUCCGCCAUCAUCUACACGGUGGCCAGCUGCACGGAGAACGAGUCGCGGCGCUACGGACGCUUCCUCUGCUGCAUGCUGGAGACGGUGACGCGUUGGCAUAGCGACCGCUCCAUCUACGAGAAGGAGUGCGCCAACUACCCCGGCUUCCUGACCAUCUUCAGGGCCACGGGCUUCGACGGAGGGAACAAGGCGGACCAGCUGGACUACGAGAACUUCAGACACGUGGUCCACAAGUGGCACUACAUGCUCACCAAGGCCUCGGUGCACUGCCUGGAGACGGGGGAGUACACCCACAUCAGGAACGUCCUGAUCGUGCUCACCAAGAUCCUGCCGUGCUACCCCAAGGUGCUGAACCUGGGCCAGGCGCUGGAGUGCCGCGUCCACAAGAUCUGCCUGGAGGAGAAGGAGAAGAGGCCCGACCUCUACGCCCUGGCCAUGGGGUACUCGGGCCAGCUGAAGGGGCGUAAGGCCCACAUGGUCCCGGAGAACGAGUUCCACCACAAGGAGCAGCCGGCCAGCAGAACCGCUCUGGGCGGCCAGCAGAACGGCCCCCUGGCCAGCAAGGCCCCCGCCAGCAAGACAGAGGACCCAGGGGCCGAGGACGGAGAUCGCGGUAAAGAUAAGACUGCAGGAACAACCAAACCAGUGAACAAAGCCAACAGCACCACAGCCAAGGUCACCACCAGCAACGGGAACUCAGCUCCCAACAGCACCAAGGCGACCAAGGAGGACAAGGAGAAGAGCGGGAAGGAGAAGAAGAAGGAGAAGACGCCGGGCAGCACGCCGGAGACCAAGGGGGAGCGCCGCGACAAGAGGGAGGAGCGGGGCGCCGGCGGCAAGGAGGAGCGCACGGGAGGAGGAGGAGGGGGAGGGGGAGGGGGAGCGGCGGCCAAGGAGGAGCGGGCGGGCCGCGAGGGUAAGGAGCGGACCCCCAAGGCGGAGCGCGACAAGCUGAAGGAGGAGAAGAGCAGCGCCAAGGAGGAGGCCAAGGAGGCGUCCCGGGAGUCCAAGAGCAAGGAGAAGGAGCGCGGGGCCACCGGCGGAGCCAAGCUGCCCCCCCCCCGGCCCGAGUCUGAAACUGAGAGGGAAACAAAAAGGCGAAAGCUGGACAGCCAUUCGUCUCCAUCCCACUCGUCGUCUGUAAAGGACGCUAACACCGACCCUAAGGACUCAGCCAGCAAGCAACACCCCGGAUACAACUGUGUGUCGCGCUCCAAGAGCAGAGAGAGGGAGCAGGACAAGAACGACGGCUCCACGCCCCGCGGGAAGGACAAGAAGGAAGAGAAGGAGCGCAAGGAGAGGAAGAGGGACCACAUCAUCAGCGACCCGGAGGUCCCCCUGGAGACCAAGAGGAGGAAGGACGAGAACGGAACCAACUCCUGCAAGAACAGCAAGAGCACCAGCCCGUCCUCGGACGCCCCUCUGUCGGUGGAGAAGGAGAAGACCAAGCGCUCCAAGUCCUCCUCCAAGGAGAAGAGUGACUCUGUGAAGCCCGAGAGGACUUCCUCUGGAGGCAAGAAGGUCAGCCCCCCCCCGGAGUCCCGUCACGACAAGGAGAAGUCUGAGAAGAAGGAGAAGAGAGACAGCAGCAGUGGAAAAGAGGAGAAGAAGCAUCAUAAAUCGUCAGACAAGCACCGAUAGUGCGCUCCCCCAGGGUGCAGGUAAGACCCCUCCUGCUCUCCUACGGUCUCCAUGUCUCUCCUCACGGUCCUCACGGUGUCCUCCUCCUGCAGAACCCGGGACGCUUUUAUCAGCCUCCCUCCCCCCCCCCCCACCAACCCUCCAUGUCCCGGACCAGAUCUUCUUUUUGCUUUCCGUUGUCCUCCUGCCCGGGGAAGAGGUCCGCUGUAGUUUGUGAAUCUCGGCUCUCCAUGUUUUUAUGUUUCAUUUUAAAUGUAUUUCCUGUAGAUCACCUGAAAGUGUUAUCAUUUUUUACGCGAGAACCCUGCGUGUCUCGAGUCUCUGCGUGGCCUCCGCCGUUAGACCGCGCCCGGCACCCCCGCCAACCCUUUUAAUCCGAGUGCAACGGUGGAUACAUGAUACUAAGGACCAUCUUGUAUAUUAUGUGUACAAUAAUAAAGAGGGGGACAUGGAAUUGCAAAUCAUGUUUUUUUUUGUUUUUGAUUUAUGUCACAAUUUGUUCACUGUUUAUUUGUGUUUUCAGGUUUUUACAUAAUUUAUAAAAUGACAAAAAAAAUGCCAGUUUCAUUCUCCCUGAAAAUGCCGAAUUGUAAAAUAAAGAAUACAAAAACCCCACUUCUAAAGUUCUGUACUGGAUUGCAACUGUUUCAAGUAACUUUUUGGAGUUUUUAAUCUGCUGUACUCAACACGUGUACACUUUUUUAAAACCAAUAAAUAAUGAAUUUCUUAGUGUUACUUUGA